AUGAGGAUGGAUGAUGAUGAUGAUGAGGAGGAGGAGGAGGAGGAGGAGGAAGAGGACCAGAAGGAUGAAGACAACGACGACGACGACGACGAGGAGGAGGAGGAGGAGGACCAGGAGGAUGAAGACAACGAGGAGGAGGAGGAGGACCAGGAGGAGGAGGAGGACCAGGAGGAUGAAGACAACGAGGAGGAGGAGGAGGACCAGGAGGAUGAAGACAACGACGAGGAGGAGGAGGAGGAGGAGGAGGAGGAAAACCUCCCUAAUCACAAUCCUCAUAUAAGUGGGUAUGGGUCUUCCAACUAUUCUCUGGUACCCACAGAAGCCCAGGUGACUAUCACGUACCACGUAUUCUCCAACGAUGAAGCGAUGGACAUGCACAAGACAACUCCAUAG